AUGUCCUUUCAUUUCUUUUUAAUCUCCCUUUUUUCCAUUCAUCUCUUCCUUUCAACUUAUUUUAACAUUCUCUUUGUCUCCUCUCUUUCUCUCUUUAUGUCCUCUCUCUUCCUAUUCAAUUUAUUUUUUUUCUCUCUUCUUUUUAUCUCUCUUCAUAUUCCUUUUCUCUCUCUCUUUAUUUUGAUGUUUUCUCCCCUUCUUGAUAUCUUUCCUCCUAUUCUAUUUCUCUUUUGCUAUCUUUUUUGUCUCUUCAUCCUCUUCCUAUUCCAAUUUAUUUUAUUUUUCUCUCCUUCUUAUCUUUCCUCCUCUUCUGUUUCUCUCUUAUUUUUCUUUUCAAUUUCUCUUUUUUUCUCUGUCUUUUGUCUCUCUCAUCUCUUCCCUAUUCCAAUUUAUUUUAUUUUUCUCUCCCGUCUUGAUAUCUUUUCCUUUUUUCUCUCUCUUAUUUUGAUGUCCUCUCAUCAGAUUUCUCUUUUGCUCUCUCUGUCUUUUGUCUCUCUUCAUCCUCUCCUAUUCCAAUUUUUUUAUUUUUCAAACAUUCUUGAUGAUAUCUUUCCUCCUAUUCUGUUUCUCUCUCUUAUUUUUGAUGUCCAUCCUCUUCAUUUUUUUUCUCUCUUCCUCCUCUUCCUAUUCCAAUUUAUUUUAUUUUUCUCCUUCUUGAUUCUCUCCUCAGAAACACUUGAUGUCCACCCUAUUCAUUUUCAAUUUUAUCUCUUUUUGUCUUCUUCAUCCUUUAAUUUCUUUUUUUUCUCUCUUCAUAUUUUAGUCUUUCUCUCUCUCUCUUGUCUCUCUUCUUUUUACUCUCUCUUUUACUCUCUUAUAUCUCCAUGUUCCUUCUCUCUCUCUUAUUAUUGUGUCCCUGUCCUCUCUUGUUUGUUUGGUCUCUCAUCUUCCUAUUCCUUCCUUCACCUCUUGUCCCCCCUCCUCCUCUUUUCCUCCUGCUCUCUCUCUCUCUUAUAUCUCUGUGUUUUCUCUGUAUAUAUUAUUAGGGUGUUCUUCCUCUCUUCAGAUUUCUUUCUUGCUCUUUCCCAUCUUUUAUAUCUUUUUUUUUUCAUUCUUAUUUUACUGUCAAAUUCCUCCUAUCUCUCUUGUUUAUCCUUCCCUUCCUCAUCCAAUCAGAAAUAUUGUCUCUCUGAUUUUUCUCUUUUCAUUUUUUCUCUCUUCCUCUUUACUUUUCUCUCUCUUCAUUUUUUGUCUCCCUCUUGGUUUUUUUCUUCUCUUCUCCUUGAAUUUUUCUGUCUCUUCUCUCUUGAUUUUUCCUCUCUCUUGAUUUUUUCUCUCUCUUGUUUUUCUUCUCUUGGUUUUCUCUCUUUCUCUCCUUUUUCUUGGCUUUUCUCUCUUGAUUUUUCUCUCUCUCUUGAUUUUUCUCUCUCUCUUGAUUUUUCUCUCUCUCUUGAUUUUUCUCUCCCUCUCUUUUUGUCUUGGUUUUUCCUCUACUCCUCUGAUUUCUCUUUCUUUUCCUUCCCCCUCUGA